AUGUCUUUCUUUGCUAUCUGUCCUGCACCCCCAAUGAAGUUGGGCUACUACCAUGUUUUGUCCCCUCUGGUGAGUGUUCAUGUCUCGCCCAUACAGCUGGGUGCGAUGAGCAUUGGUGACAAAUGGCACAAGCUCGGGUUUGGUAGUAUGGACAAGGAGGCAAGCUUCAAAGUCCUCGAUGCAUAUUUUGAUAUGGGCAGCAACUUUAUUGAUACAGCCAAUAGCUAUCAGGACGAAUCCUCGGAAGAGUUCAUCGGUGAAUGGGUCGAGAAGCGGGGCAUUCGCGACCAGCUGGUCAUUGCCACCAAGUACACGAUGAAUUUCAAGCGCGGUAACCAUAGCAUUCAGCAAAAGGUCAACUACAUCGGAAACGGGAAUAAAUCUCUCCACAUCUCCGUCAAAAACAGUCUUACAAAGCUGCGCACUGACUAUAUUGAUAUUCUCUACGUGCACUGGUGGGACUUCGAGACUUCUAUCGAAGAGGUAAUGAACAGUUUGCAUAACCUCGUUGAGGGGAAAGGAAUCUCCGAUUCAUCUGCAUGGGUCGUAUCCCGCGCAAAUAUGUAUGCUCAGGUCCAUGGCAAGACACUCUUUGCGAUCUAUCAAGGACACUGGAGUAUCUUGGAUCGCUCUUUAGAGCGUGACAUCAUUCCUAUGGCGCGCACUCUUUGGGGUUCCGUAGGUUUGGCGCUCGCCCCGUGGGAUGUCAUAGGUGGCGGCAAGCUACGCACGGAUGCAGAAGGGGAACAAAGGAGACAGUCGGGAGAGACGGGCAGGAAUGAGAACGAGAAGAAGAUUUCGAGAGCACUGGAAAAAGUUGCUGGCGAGGUUGGUGCCAAGAAUAUUCGCUCUGUUGCUCUAGCAUACGUGAUGCAGAAGGCGCGGUAUGUUUUUCCUCUCGUCGGAGGUAGAAAGGUGGAGAACCUUGUAGCGAAUUUGGAGCCGCUCGAUAUCACGCUAUCAAAGGAGCAGGUAGAGUAUCUGGAGAGUGUACAGCCGUUUGACCCUGGAUCCCCUAAUGUGAUGAUUGGUGAUGGGUCAAGCUAUAAUAUGUUCAUGGCGACGACGGCGCAUAUGUCGAAAACAAAGGUCUCCUUAUCCUUACGAAAUCACGCCGCUAAGCGCCUUCCGAGGAUCCACCGUUUGAAGAAGCCGGGCCAACUGCGCGUGUUUGGUAGAUAUAUGUUGACGAGAGUACGAUAUAUGAUACUGAAAUGGUCGCCAAUGAAAGGGACAAAGUCAAUAUCCUCCUCGUUUUUGUGA